AUGAGUGGUGCUAGGAGCUAUGCAGUCUUAAUAAUCAUACUAGGUUUAGCUAUUAUGAGUAACUCUUUUGUUAUCGCAGGACCCAAAUACCAUGUUCAUGUUAUCAAUGGCUUAAGCAGCAGCAAUGUGUUGAAGGUCCAUUGCCAAUCCAAAGAUGAUGAUUUGGGUGAGCAUGCACUUGCAGCUUCUGCUGAAACCAGCUGGACAUUCAGGAUGAACAUCCUCGGAACCACACUAUUCUGGUGUGGCAUGAACUGGGCAAGUGGCCAUGGUUCUUUCAAAGUGUUUUGGAGGGAUGAUGAUAUUCUUGGGAGAUGUAAUUACAAGGAAUGCUUUUGGAUCGCGAAAGAUGAUGAGCCUUCACAAAUCCCUACGCCAUUCUUUCCAAGUUCUCGCUUACAGGCUGUUUUACAGUCAAAAGUUUUGCAGUCAGACAUGGAGACUGAUACCUUUGAAGAAAGUUUUGCAUCCAUCAUCAUCUGCCUCUUUCCUGAAAGCAUGCAUACACAAUUUGAUUUACUUCUUUACUGCAGGGAACCCGACCGGAAGGGUGGACAUACAGUACAGAGACAAGGUGGUUACGUAGGUAAGCAAUUGAAGCCCAAUGUUGUUAACAGUAAAUCACAGAAAUACGAAGACAAGGAUGAUGCUUCUGUGACUGCAUGA